AUGGAAAAUCUUUCUUAUGUUAAGCCGAAAUCUCUAGUCUGUUACCUCUGUGGCCGAGAAUUCGGCACAGCUUCUCUUGGAAUUCAUCAAAAAACUUGUAUGAAGCUCUGAGAAGAGAGAGAAAAACUGAAACCUCCCAAAGAAAGACGUCCAUUACCAGAGCCUCCAGCCUCAAUUCCUUUAGGAAGUACGCCUAAAGACUUAGCAAUUCAUAAUGAAAUCGCUUAUGAGUCUUUUAAAAGCAAAGCAAUGAUACAGUGUCCUUACUGUGAAAGAAAAUUUCUAGAAGAAAGAUUUCAAGUAUGCUUGUUUCUUUACCUUGUCUAUUUCCCAAUUAAAUAAUUAAUUAUAAAAAUCAUAUGGAAAUAUAUACAUCAAAAAAGCUGCACAGCAGAAAACCCAUGUAAGCCCUCAAGAAAUUCAAUGCUUUUUAAAAAACUUACUCUUUCAGAAGGAAUAGACGAUUAUGUGUUUUUUGAAAGAAGAUCGUUAACACCUGCAGCUUUAACGAGUCCUUUUUUAGAGCCUGUAUCUCCUUUUACUCCGCAAGCAGCUCCAAAACCAAGUUUUGGAAUCGAGCUAAAAGAAGAUUUUGACCGGGAUUUAUACAGCUAGUAUAUAAAUAGCUGGCUAUUUUAUAUAAAAAUUUAGAAUUAUUAUAAUCAAGUAUAGAAAAUUUAUGUAGAGAUCUAGAUCCUAUCAAAGAAGAAAAAAUAGAUGAGAAAAAUAUAGAAAAACAGUGGGAAAAUCCUAUAGAAAAAGAUGGAAAAUUUGUAGGAUCUCCAAGGGGAGCUCUUAAUAAUGAAAUCAGGGUUCUUCAGUCAGCUAGAAGCACUCCAAUGCUAUCUAAAAAGAAAAAUCUCAAUAUUAUCCUUGUUGAAUGCCCAAUCUGCAACAGAAAAUUCGACCCCAGAAUGAUAGAUAAGCACAUCGGCAAAUGCAAAAUUUUAGAAGAAAGAAACCAAUCCCCUAUAAAAGCAGCUCCUGAAGUAAAAAAACCUGAAAAUGUGAUUAAAAAAACUACAAAUGUUUCGUCUAGGUAUAUGAAUACUAAUUCUAGACAUGAAAGCAAUCAAAAGCAAAGGAAUUAUAAUGAAAUUCAGCCUCCUGCUGCAAAAAAAGAAAAAAUAUUUUGCCACAUUUGUGGAGAAAAAUACCUUCCUAAUGCAAAUUAUUGUGCUUAUUGUGGAAUCAAAAAAGUUGAUUAA